AUGAGUUGGGAACGUCGGCGGCAGGGGACUGCCCUGGCCGCUGUCGGGGUUCUGCUAGUGUGUCUUGCUGCUGCUGUAAGUAGCCGAGCAGCAAAAGAUACCAUCAGUAUCCCGGCGCCAGCAGCAAACCGUGCUGUAGUAGACGCUACUGCUGCUGCUGCUGCUGCUGCCGUCGGUGCCGCCGAUGCUGCGGAGCGAGAGCUGGCUGCUGCAGAUGCUGUUUACGACUUCCCCCUGCAUCGCUUGGCCUUCGGGUCUUGCUUUCGGCAAAGGCACGAGUGGGAGGCAGCAGCAGAAUCGGGAGCAGCAACAGCAGCAGCACAAGCAGCUGCUGCUCUGGCUGCUGCCAGACGGCAGAAAGUCUUCGAGACCAUCCGAGCAACACACCCAGAAGGAUGGCUCUGGGUUGGCGACGCAGGAUACGCAGAGGGCUUUGACGUGGCCUCAGUGCGCGCUUCUCUUUCCUCUCUGCUGGAAACUGCCUCCCUGAAGUUGUUUAGAGAAAGUCUUCGUUUCUAUGAUGGCACAUGGGAUGACCACGACUUCGGAAUGAAUGACGGGGGUAAAAACCAGAAAAACAAGCAGCAGCUGCUUCAGGUCUUUCUUGACUUUUUGGGUGUGGGGCCCCACAGCCCCAGAAGAAAGAGAAACGGGCUUUACUCUUCCCACCUGUUUCCUCUGCCCGAGCAGCAGCAGGGGCCUCAAGAGCAGCAGGAACCGCAGCAGCAGCAGCAGCAGCAGGAACAGCAGCAGCAGCAGCAGCAGCCACAGCAGCAGCAGCAACAACAACAGCAGGAGCAGCAGCAGCAACAGCAGCAGCAGCAGCAACAGCAGCAGCAGCAGCAACAGCAGCAGCAGCGGCAGCAGCAGCAGCAGCAGCAGCAGCGGGAGGGCGUGCGUGUGCUGCUGCUGGACACGCGCAGCGAGCGGGACAUGCACUACUUGCCCAGUGCAGCCAUGUGGUCGCUGCAGCCGCCGCUGUCGCAGCUGCUGUCUUUGGCGGGGGCUGGCAGCAGAUUUUUGCUGCACCUUUUGGGGCUGGGGUGGGCCUACGAAGGCGACGUGCUGGGAGAGGAGCAGUGGGCGUGGCUGGAGGCUCAGCUGAAGCACUCUCGCGCAGAAGCCCACAUUGUGGUUUUGACGGGGCUGCCUGUGGUGGAGAGCUGGGGCCACUUCCCCGCUUCUCGCCGAAGACUUUUCAAACUUUUGCAACAAACAAAACCAAAAGGUCUUUUCUUUUUGUCGGGAGAUGUGCAUUUCACGGAGUUGCUGGGACUAAAGGACGGUGUUGUUGAGCUGACAAGCAGCGGAAUGACCCACAGCAUCGGGGAGUCUUGGUGGGCGCGGCUGCUGAUGCUGCCGUUGCUGAGGUGGAUAUACACCUCAAGGCUGCGGCCAGAAGCUUUUUCCUUGAACAGAAAUUUUGGUCUUGUGGAUUUCAAAUACUUUUCAACAACUGGGUCCGUCGCAGAGGCUGUGCUGUCGUCAAGAGACGCAGAAACUGGCAAUGUGCUGCUGACGGAGACAAUUUCUUUCUCAGAAGCAGAAAGUGAAGACAGGUGGAGAUUACUAACAGACAAAGUGCCACACGUGCUGCGGCCCCCAACGCUGCUGCAGCGGCUGCUGCAGCUCGUGCUGCUGCUGCUCCUGCUGCUGCUGCCUUUAGCGCCCCUGCUGCUGCGCCCCGCAGCCCGUAAGUGGCUGCACCGCGCGUGCAUGCGCGUACGGAAGCCCAGAGCCUACCAGGCACUAGUGUCUGAGGAGGCACCAGGUAGCAGUAGCAGCAGCAGCAACACCAGCAGCAACACCAGCAGUACCUGCACUAGCAGCAGCAGCAGUCGCGAAGCGGGGGAACCGCGCAAAAGAAGCGUGAGCCCAGUGAUUACUCACGCUUCUUAA